AAAACAGUAUUUUCUUUUGAUGAACAACAUGAUUCAUAAUCUCUUUAGGCUUGCUUUUAUUUUAUAUAUAUUUAGCACUGCAUCAAUAAAUUGCUACGAUGAAAACGGCUAUAUUUUGUACUGUCCGUGCAUGGGCCGAUUUGGUAAUCAAGUAGACCAUUUCCUCGGGAGUCUAGCAUUUAGUAAAGCCAUAAAUAGAACAUUAGUUUUACCACCUUGGGUGGAAUACAGGUAUGGCGAGCCCAAGUCAAGACAAGUGGCCUUUGAUACUUAUUUUAAAGUUGACUCCUUAACCUCCUAUCACAGAGUAGAAACAAUGGAAUCAUUUAUGACCAAUAUAGCUCCAAAAAUAUGGCCUCCUGAGAAAAGAAUUUCAUUCUGUUAUACACAAAGAAUAGGAGAAGAACAGAAUAGUUGUAAUGCUAAAUCUGGCAAUCCAUUUGGGCCGUUCUGGAAUACAUUUGAUGUAGAAUUUGUAGGAUCAGAAUUUUAUGGGCCGUUGAAUUAUGAUGCCCAAAAUUUUGAUAUGAUUCUUCAAUGGAGAAAAAAAUAUUUAUCAGACAUUUGGCCAGUUAUUGCUUUUACAGGAGCUCCAGCUAGUUUUCCUGUUCAAAAAGAAAAUGUUCAUCUCCAUAAAUAUUUAGUGUGGAACCCAGAAAUUAUUAACAAGACACUUAAUUUUAUUAAACAAAAGAUGAGUGGUGGUGGAUUUUUGGGUCUUCAUUUGAGGAAUGGACAAGAUUGGUCAAAAGCAUGUCAACAUGUGGAAAAUAGUCAAAAAUUAUUUUCUACACCUCAGUGUUUAGGAUAUAAAAAUGAAAAAGGAAAAUUAACUUUAUCAAUGUGUUUUCCUCAAAAAUCGGAAAUAAUCAAGCAGGUGAAGCGAGUUCUAAAAAAACUAAAUGGAUUAAAAUACAUAUUUGUAGCAUCAGAUUUCGACCAUAUGGUACAACCACUAAACGAGGCAGUGAAAAAGAUGGGUGUGUCAGUUAUUACUCUCGAGCAGAAUAAUCCUCAUUUGGAUCUAGCAAUUCUUGGCCAAGCAAAUUAUUUUAUAGGAAAUUGUGUGUCAUCCUAUUCUGCUUUUGUAAAACGAGAAAGAGAUGUAAGAGGGUUGCCUUCUGAAUUUUGGUCCUUUCCAAAUGGAAAGAAAAGAAAAUAUGAUGAGUUAUAGAAAUUAAUGUCAAAUCAAAACAAUGGAGGU